AUGAAGCAAAGCGGACAAUCCCUGGUGAAAAAAAAAGAAGAAGAACGUUCAAAUAUCGAAUCGAAGACGAUGAACGACUUAGCAGACAGACUCCCGAGGGUGUGGACGAGGUCGGCAGCCAAUACCGUCGCUAAUACAGACGAGUAUGAUCGUCCCGGCAAACAUUGGAUCGCCUUUUAUAUCGACGAACACGGCAGUGGAACAUAUUUCGACAGCUACGGAAUACCGCCACACUCAGAUCGGCGAUUUCUCGUGAGAGUUAUAGUUCCAGGCGCUGAGAGGAAGCUGAAAGAACUGAGAGGGCUCAGCUCGGAGUAUCUCGUGAGGACGCAUCAGAAAUCGUCGGGACCACCACAGGCAGGGCCGCGCCAAGGUGCGGCCGAAGCAACGCGAAACAUUAAUACUGUUUUUGGCGAAGGUUCUGCCAGUGAAAGGACGACGAGGCGUUGGUUCAAAAAGUUUUGGUCUGCAGACACAAAUCUUGACACUUUACCUCGCGGAAUGAAUACGAUUGAAGCAAAUCCGAGAACAACGGUUCGAGAAAUUGCAGGAAGACUCAGUAUCCAUCAUUCAACUGUCGUUCGACAUUUAAAAACCAUGGAAAAAGUAAAAAAGUUGGAUAAAUGGGUUCCCCAUAAACUGACAGAAAAGGAUAAGAUGAAACGUUUAGAAAUCUGCACUUCUUUGCUUUCUCGACAAAAUAAGGAAUAUUGCACAGAAUAG